AUGACGCCUCUCACUCCAGAACAAGUAGCUUCCUACCACGAAAAUGGCUACCUCCUCCUCCGCGCAAGCGAACACCAACUCGUCGAUCCUACAGCUCUACUCCAGUGGACAAAAGAAGUUCAAGCCUGGCCCCGCGUGAAGGGCAAGUGGAUGCCCUACGAUGAGAUCAACAUCAACGGCGAGCGCCAGCUGAUGCGCACGGAAAAGUUCAUCGACUACCACCCCGAGUUCAAAUCGCUAGUCUGUGGCAAGAAACUAGCCGAGAUUUUGAAGGCCGUCUCGGGCGAUGACAUGGUUCUAUUCAAGGACAAAAUCAACUACAAGCAGCCCCAAGGCAACGGCUUCCAGGCUCACCUAGAUGCACCAGCCUACGACCACAUUGGCCGCAUCGAGCAUGUCACAGCUAACAUAGCUAUUGAUGCCGCAACACCGGAGAAUGGUUGCUUGGAGGUCGUCCGCGGGUCCCACAAGAUGGAGAUCGAGUUCGCUGACGGUGGUCGGAUCACGCCUGCAUGGGAGGAUGCGCACGAAUGGACUUCCGUCCCUCUGGAUAUGGGCGACAUGUUGAUCUUUGGGUCUCAUUUGGCUCAUCGCUCAGCUGAGAACAAGACUGACAAGAGUCGAUCGAGUCUUUAUGCUACCUUCCACUCCAGGAGUGACGGUGAAGACCUGAGGGAGAGGUACUAUAAGCAUCGGAUGGAAAUGUUUCCCCCUGAGCAUGAACGUGUGGAGGGUAAAGACUACUCACAAGGUUACAAGACUUACGGCUUCGCAGCACCAUUUACCAAGAUGCAGGAUAAUGCAGUUACAACUCCCAUUGUUGCUAGUUAG